AUGCAGAACAACUGUGCCACUAAAAUUCAAUGGCAUCAUUGCGUGCAAGUUGUGCUGCUCUUACAGGCACUAUUCACUAUACCACCCAAUAUUCGGCAGGCCCUGGCGCUAGAAGGAGAUCGUGCAGCCAUUUGGCCAGUAGGACAGUAUGCUCCUGAGGUCUUGGACCUGGAGCAGUGGACCGAGGAUAGCGGCAUCAGCAGCGAUGAUACUAUAGAUCGCAUGCGCCGUUUGGGACAGUCUAGUGGGGAGGAUAGCAGAAACAAUAGUGAUGAAAAUCUCUACAAAGAUCAG